AUCGAAACCGACCCGGGGCGAGCUCGAAAGUUCAACAUCGACUUCGACAUCGGAGCGAGUUGAACAUGAUCCAGACACGAGUCAUUCCACUACAAAGCUAGGAUCCCGUCGCAUAGUCUCUAGAUCUCCUACCCAUAAUGUCCGUCUCAAGAACUGUCCUAGGACUAGCCACUUCAUCGGUCAGGGCAGCGGGAGUGGUACCGCGAGCAGCCGCAGCUGGAUGGGUCGGAAAGAUGGGUGUGGAUAGGUCAUUCUCCUCGUCCAGUCGAUGUGGUGAGGUCAAUGCGGAAUCAUCUACCUCCAGUUUCGCAUCAGCAUCAACACCGCCCGCCCGAACCCAAUCUUCAUCGAGUUCGAAAUCAUCCAUCUCCCGGCAAGACUCUCUCACCGGCCUCCCUCCCGUCCUCCCUCGACCUCACGGCAUCCAAGUCGCUCAGAUCAAGCUCUACUCGCAUACCGCAGAACCUCUCGAACGGUUCUCGCAUUUCGCCCUCCACACCGCUCAUUCACUCAACAUCCCCGCUUCCCGUCCAGCUUCCCUUCCCAUGACCCGGUCCCUGUAUACCGUGCCCAAAUCCCCCUUCGUACACAAAAAGGCUCAGGAAAACUUUGAAUCGCGGAAAUACACCAAGGUCAUCGUCCUCUACGACGCCCACCCUCGGGUGGUAGACAUGUACCUGCGAUACCUCACCCAAAACUCUAUCGCUGGGGUAGGGAUGAAGGUGAAGACGCACGAAUUCCUCGAACUCGGUGUCGGGAAGGGAGAGGUCUUGAAGCAGGUCGAGGGGCUCAAGAGGGAUCUCGGGGAGGACGUCAAGGUCGACAAGGGAGAGAGUGGGGAGGGAGUGGAUGCUCAGAAGAAGGAAUAGAACAGGGUAGAAUUUGGUCAAGGGGUGGAGCCUUGGUGGUGCCGCGGGCUGUUAUAUCAUAUCGCAUUGGAUCUACCGCGUUCGUUAUUGGGCAUGCUCUGCCAGAGUAGAUGCAGGUUUUCCUUCGACGAGGAAGACCACCAGCUUCUGAUCAGCCGUCGCUUUGCCUCAACAAGGCAGAAUGAAGACAGAGAUUGGGAAGUUGAAGCAAUCGGGCCAGUGCAUGCCAGAUCAUACGCCACCGAAUCGUCUUGGAGCUUGAAGGCGAAGGUGGAGCGCUCCACAAAGAUCAACCAUGCUUUCUAUCUCAUGUCCUAUUCCACGUUCGUUGCGUCUAGUAGCCAGUAAUAGCUUGGCAGUGAGGUAAUUGGUAUAUCGGCAUUGUCUUUAUGGUUUAGGACUGAGCGAGCUUAGCGUAGACUCUACGUCAACCGGAUUCGAG